ACCGCAGCCAUGGACUACCAGCAAAAGCUGGCUGAAAAACUCACCAUCCUAAAUGAGAGGGGGUCUGGGGUGCUGAUACGUAUGAACUACAUUAAGAAGAUGUGUUCGGACCCGAAGCUGCGGCCGGUCUUCCUCACUGAUAAAGUGUUGGAACCUGCGAUCAAAUACAUCAACAAGAAGUUUCCCAGUAUUGACUUCAGAGGAAACAUUCAAAAUCUGAUGAGCAUCCAACGACAGAAAUCGGAGGUGCUCAGUGCCACAAGCAGCUACUACGACUCUUUUCUGGAUGUCAUAGAGUUUCGGGACCACGUGUAUGAGUUACUGAACACUAUAGAUGCCUCUCAGUGCUUCUUUGAUAUUGCUUUCAAUUUUGACUUCACCAAAAACUACUUGGACCUGAUCGUCACCUAUGCGUCUGUCAUCAUCACACUUGCUCGCAUCAGUGACAAGAAGACUAUGGUGGGAAUGUUUAACUGUGCUCAUGAGAUGACCAACGGAUGCAGCGACCCCUCCUACCCUCGGCUGGGGCAGAUGUUUGUGGAGUACGAGCACCCCUGGAAGAAGCUCACAGAAGAGUUUGGCCCUCAUACAAGGUCUGUGACAGCAGCGUUGCUCUCUCUGAGGAUGGUGUACCCACGCAGGAACCUGCCUGCAGAGCAGUGGCGGAGCGCCCAGCUCCUCAGCCUGCUCAGCACUCCUGCUGCCAUGCUGGACCCAGCCUGCUGUGACACUAUGAUGUGUGAAUACCUGCCAAUGGAUGUGAUGGAGCGGUGGAUUGUUAUCGGCUUCCUGUUGUGCCACAGCAGCCUGAAUACAAACCAGGCCUCUCUGGAGCUGUGGAAGAUGGCCCUGCAGAGCGGCCUCUACCUCAUCCUCAUCAGAGACGAAGUCCUCAACAUACACAAGGUCUCUGAGGACCACUUGGACACACUGAAAGGGUACAGUAAGCGAGUUGCAGACAUCAAGGAAUGCCGUGAGCAUGUUUUAGCCAACUGUGGAGCAGUGCACAGAGAGAAGAGGCAGUUUCUGAGAGUAGCACUGAGGGAAUUAUGGAAAGUUCUGGAAGAUGAACCUGGACUUCUGGGACCAAAGGCUUUAUUUGUCUUCAUGGCGUUGUCAUUUUCCCGUGACGAGGUCCUAUGGCUUGUCAGACACUCCGAAAACAUGCCAAAGAUCAAGACGCUCGAGGACUACAAUGACAAUCAGAUGGCAGAACUGUUGUUUUACAUGGAAAAGUUAAGAGGACUAAUGAGAAAGCACAACCGUGUAAUUCAGCGUUACCAUGUUCAGUACCUGGCCCAGUUUGAUGCCUUGGUGCUCAACGACACCAUACAGAACAUGUACGUUUGUCCAGAAGAGGAGUCGGUUCUGAUGAGCUCUUUUGUCUCAACUUUCUCUGCUCUCUCUGUUAAACAAGUGGACAACAAAGUGGAAUUUGAUUUCAGAGCACAGAGAAUGGACUGGCUAAGAUUACAGGCCUACACAAGUGUGAAUAAGGCUCCUCUUCCACUGAAAGACUACCCUGACCUGGCAAAGGUGAUGAACAUGAUCCAGUUUCACACCAAAAUGGUAGACAGCCUGGAAGAAAUGCUCCAGGAGACAUCUGAACUCUCCAUCCUCUGUUUUUAUCCACGUGUCUUUGAGAAGAUGUUCAGUCAGAGCAGUGAGGAGAUGAAUAUGAAGCGUUACAUCAUGUCCUUCCCUUCUGUCUGCUCUCACUUCAUUCAGUGUGGACAUCCUCUCUGCCCAGAAGAGUACAACUUAAUGGAGAAGCGGAGUCUGCGCCUGUGUGUGACCUUCCUGGAGCAGAUAGCCAAGCAGACCAGUGGUGUUAUGUUGGAGAUAUGUGCUGAGCAGCGCAAUCUCAAUGACCAGUUGCUGCCUAAGCACUGUGCUGAGACCAUCAGCGCUGCUCGCUACAGAAAACAAAAGAGGCCAGUACCAAAAAAGGGAGAGGUCCAAAAGGAGAAGCCUGGUGCCGAAAGCCUGAGAAAAGACCGAGCCGUGGUCACCAAUGUGGACAAGUUGCAUCUGAUGCUGACAGAGCUCUGCUCCUCCUACAGUCUCUGCAGUGACUUGAUCGUCUUCGACCACAUCAUUGUUCCAACAGAGUUCCUCCUUUCUCAGCUGGAGAUGCGCCUGUCUGAGAUCAUCGUGAAAAUGAUCAAUUACAACCAGACCACCCAGGAGAUCACACGACCCUCUGACUUGCUGGCAGGGAUAAGAACCUACGCAGCCAGUCUGCACAACCUCUCGAGCCACAUCAAUGUGGACAUCACACGAAUGUUGAAGAGCAUCCUGCUGCAGCAAACGCAGCCAUUGAACUCGCACGGAGGGCAGACAGUUACGCACCUCUACACAACCUGGUUCUUAGAGGGCCUUUUGCGUCAGGCAAGCAGCUCCCUCAUCGUCCACUGCCCCACGAUGCAGUGCUUUGUCAGCCAGACGACUGAAAGCGAACCAACUUUCAGAGCAGAGGAGUUCUCAGAUGUAUCAGAGUUACAGGCCCUGGCAGAACUAAUUGGUCCAUACGGCUUGAAGUUUCUGGGUGAGAACCUGAUGUGGCACAUCACGUCACAAAUCAGCGAACUGAAGAAAAUGGUGACUGAGAACAUGGACAUCCUGGUUCAGCUGAAAAAUAACUUUGACAAGCCCGAGGAAAUGACCAACCUGAAAAAAAGACUGACAGGUGGAGAGAAUGUCCUGAAGAGGAUGACCAUCAUCGGGGUGAUCCUGUCUUUCCGAUCAAUGGUGCAAAACUGUCUGAAAGAUAUCCUGCAGAAGCAUUGCCCCUUCAUGAUGGGCCCCAUAGAGAGCCUGAGAGACUUCAUCACUCCUGAAGCUGACAUUCAGGUGACCCUGAGCAUUUUUGAGUUGGCUACUGCAGCUGGGCUAAAAUGUGAUAUUGAUCCUGACCUUGUAGCAGCUAUUGGUAACAUGAAGACAGAUAACACAUCGGUUGAAGAGGAGUUCAAGCUCUCUUGUUUGCUGCUCGUCUACAUCGCUGUGUCCCUGCCAUCCCUGGCUUUGGAUUCGAACUCCUUUUACAGCCGAGAGCAUGGAGGCCACAACAACAACAUCCACUGUUUAGCUGCGGCCAUCAACCAGCUGUUCGCUGCCAUGUUCACCAUUCAGAACCAGAACAUAGAGCAGCAGCUCAAAGAGUUUCUCCUGCUGGCCUCCUCCACCCUGCUUCAGCUGGGCCAAAGUGUGGAAAAAGUUGAGGUCAAAAACAGAGAGUCCGUCUACCUGCUUCUGCACAUGAUUGUGGAGGAGUCUCCGUUCCUGAGCCAAGACAUGCUGGAGAGCUGCUUCCCUUAUGUUCUUCUCCGAAACGCCUACAGGGAGGUGCACAAGGCCUUCAUUGUCACUCUGGGCUGAAGACGUUCCUGUUGUUUAUAUUGAUUGUUCGUGAUCUAAAAAAUAUAUAU